AUGGCCUCGGCUGGUAACGCCGCCGGGGCCCUGGGCAGGCAGGCCGGCGGCGGGAGGCGCAGACGGACCGGGGGACCGCACCGCGCCGUGCCGGACCGGGACUAUCUGCACCGGCCCAGCUACUGCGACGCCGCCUUCGCUCUGGAGCAGAUUUCCAAGGGGAAGGCUACUGGCCGGAAAGCGCCGCUGUGGCUGAGAGCGAAGUUUCAGAGACUCUUAUUUAAACUGGGUUGUUACAUUCAAAAGAACUGCGGCAAGUUUUUGGUUGUGGGUCUCCUCAUAUUUGGGGCCUUCGCUGUGGGAUUAAAGGCAGCUAAUCUCGAGACCAACGUGGAGGAACUGUGGGUGGAAGUUGGUGGACGAGUGAGUCGAGAAUUAAAUUAUACCCGCCAGAAGAUAGGAGAAGAGGCUAUGUUUAAUCCUCAACUCAUGAUACAGACUCCAAAAGAAGAAGGCGCUAAUGUCCUGACCACAGAGGCUCUCCUGCAACACCUGGACUCAGCACUCCAGGCCAGCCGUGUGCACGUCUACAUGUAUAACAGGCAAUGGAAGCUGGAACAUUUGUGCUACAAAUCAGGGGAACUUAUCACAGAGACAGGUUACAUGGAUCAGAUAAUAGAAUACCUUUAUCCUUGCUUGAUCAUUACACCUUUGGAUUGCUUCUGGGAAGGGGCAAAGCUACAGUCUGGGACAGCGUACCUCCUAGGUAAGCCUCCUUUACGGUGGACAAACUUUGACCCCUUGGAAUUCCUAGAAGAGUUAAAGAAAAUAAACUACCAAGUGGACAGCUGGGAGGAAAUGCUGAAUAAAGCCGAAGUUGGCCAUGGGUACAUGGACCGGCCUUGCCUCAACCCAGCCGACCCAGAUUGCCCUGCCACAGCCCCCAACAAAAAUUCAACCAAACCUCUUGAUGUGGCCCUUGUUUUGAAUGGUGGAUGUCAAGGUUUAUCCAGGAAGUAUAUGCAUUGGCAGGAGGAGUUGAUUGUGGGUGGUACCGUCAAGAACGCCACUGGAAAACUUGUCAGCGCUCACGCCCUGCAAACCAUGUUCCAGUUAAUGACUCCCAAGCAAAUGUACGAACACUUCAGGGGCUACGACUAUGUCUCUCACAUCAACUGGAAUGAGGACAGGGCAGCUGCCAUCUUAGAGGCCUGGCAGAGGACUUACGUGGAGGUGGUUCAUCAAAGUGUCGCCCCAAACUCCACUCAAAAGGUGCUUUCCUUCACUACCACGACCCUGGACGACAUCCUAAAAUCCUUCUCUGAUGUCAGUGUCAUCCGAGUGGCCAGUGGCUACCUACUGAUGCUUGCCUAUGCCUGUUUAACCAUGUUGCGCUGGGACUGCUCCAAGUCCCAGGGUGCCGUGGGGCUGGCUGGCGUCCUGUUGGUUGCACUGUCAGUGGCUGCAGGAUUGGGCCUCUGCUCCUUGAUUGGCAUUUCCUUUAAUGCUGCGACAACUCAGGUUUUGCCGUUUCUUGCUCUUGGUGUUGGUGUGGAUGAUGUCUUCCUCCUGGCCCAUGCAUUCAGUGAAACAGGACAGAAUAAGAGGAUUCCAUUUGAGGACAGGACUGGGGAGUGCCUCAAGCGUACGGGAGCCAGUGUGGCCCUCACCUCCAUCAGCAAUGUCACCGCCUUCUUCAUGGCUGCAUUAAUCCCUAUUCCUGCGCUUCGAGCAUUCUCCCUCCAGGCUGCUGUGGUAGUGGUAUUCAAUUUUGCCAUGGUUCUGCUCAUUUUUCCGGCAAUUCUCAGCAUGGAUUUAUACAGACGUGAGGACAGAAGAUUGGAUAUUUUUUGCUGUUUCACAAGGUACAUUUUCAGCCCCUGUGUCAGCAGGGUGAUUCAAGUUGAACCACAGGCCUACACAGAGCCUCACAGUAACACCCGAUACAGCCCCCCACCCCCGUACAGCAGCCACAGCUUCGCCCAUGAAACCCACAUCACAAUGCAGUCCACCGUUCAGCUCCGCACAGAGUACGACCCUCACACACACGUGUACUACACCACCGCUGAGCCACGCUCUGAGAUCUCUGUACAGCCUGUCACCGUCACCCAGGACACGCUCAGCUGUCAGAGUCCUGAGAGCACCAGCUCCACCAGGGACCUGCUUUCCCAAUUCUCAGACUCCAGCCUCCACUGCCUCGAGCCCCCCUGCACCAAGUGGACACUCUCUUCGUUUGCAGAGAAGCACUAUGCCCCUUUCCUCUUGAAACCCAAAGCCAAGGUUGUAGUAAUCCUUCUUUUCCUGGGUUUGCUGGGAGUCAGCCUUUAUGGAACCACCCGAGUGAGAGACGGGCUGGACCUCACGGACAUUGUCCCCCGGGAAACAAGAGAAUAUGACUUCAUAGCUGCCCAGUUCAAGUACUUCUCUUUCUACAACAUGUAUAUAGUCACCCAGAAAGCAGACUACCCAAAUAUCCAACACCUACUUUACGACCUUCAUAAGAGUUUCAGCAAUGUGAAGUAUGUCAUGCUGGAGGAGAACAAGCAACUUCCCCAAAUGUGGCUGCACUACUUUAGAGACUGGCUCCAAGGACUUCAGGAUGCAUUUGACAGUGACUGGGAAACUGGGAGAAUCAUGCCAAACAAUUAUAAAAAUGGAUCAGAUGACGGCGUCCUCGCUUACAAACUCCUGGUGCAGACUGGCAGCCGAGACAAGCCCAUUGACAUUAGUCAGUUGACUAAACAGCGUCUGGUGGACGCAGAUGGCAUCAUUAAUCCGAGUGCUUUUUACAUCUACCUGACCGCUUGGGUCAGCAACGACCCUGUAGCUUAUGCUGCCUCCCAGGCCAACAUCCGGCCUCACCGACCAGAGUGGGUCCAUGACAAAGCUGACUACAUGCCAGAGACCAGGCUGAGAAUCCCAGCAGCAGAACCCAUCGAGUACGCUCAGUUCCCUUUCUACCUCAAUGGCCUUCGAGACACCUCAGACUUUGUGGAAGCCAUAGAAAAAGUGAGAGUCAUCUGUAACAACUAUACGAGCCUGGGACUGUCCAGCUACCCCAAUGGCUACCCCUUCCUGUUCUGGGAGCAGUAUAUCAGCCUGCGCCACUGGCUGCUGCUAGCCAUCAGCGUGGUGCUGGCCUGCACGUUUCUAGUGUGUGCAGUCUUCCUCCUGAACCCCUGGACGGCCGGGAUCAUUGUCAUGGUCCUGGCUUUGAUGACUGUUGAGCUCUUUGGCAUGAUGGGCCUCAUUGGGAUCAAGCUGAGUGCUGUGCCUGUGGUCAUCCUGAUUGCAUCUGUUGGCAUCGGAGUGGAGUUCACUGUCCACGUGGCUUUGGCCUUUCUGACAGCCAUUGGGGACAAGAACCACAGGGCUAUGCUUGCCCUGGAGCACAUGUUUGCUCCUGUUCUGGAUGGUGCUGUGUCCACUCUGCUGGGUGUACUGAUGCUUGCAGGGUCCGAAUUUGAUUUCAUUGUCAGAUACUUCUUUGCCGUCCUGGCCAUUCUCACCGUCUUGGGGGUUCUCAACGGACUGGUUCUACUGCCUGUUCUCUUAUCUUUCUUUGGACCAUGUCCUGAGGUGUCUCCAGCCAAUGGACUAAACCGGCUGCCUACUCCUUCUCCUGAGCCGCCCCCAAGUGUCGUCAGGUUUGCGGUGCCUCCUGGUCACAUGAACAACGGGUCUGAUUCCUCCGACUCAGAGUACAGCUCUCAGACCACAGUGUCUGGCAUCAGUGAGGAGCUCAGGCACUAUGAAGCCCAGCAGGGCACCGGAGGUCCUGCCCACCAAGUGAUUGUGGAAGCCACAGAAAACCCUGUCUUUGCCCGGUCCACUGUGGUCCAUCCUGACUCCAGACAUCAGCCUCCCUUGAACCCUCGGCAACCGCCCCACCUGGACUCUGCCUCUUUGUCCCCUGGACGGCAAGGCCAGCAGCCUCGAAGGGAUGCCCCCAGAGAAGGCUUGCGGCCACCCCCCUAUAGACCGCGCAGAGACGCUUUUGAAAUUUCUACUGAAGGGCAUUCUGGCCCUAGCAAUAGGGACCGCUCAGGCCCCCGUGGGGCCCGUUCUCACAACCCUCGGAACCCAAUGUCCACUGCCACGGGCAGCUCUGUGCCCAGCUACUGCCAGCCCAUCACCACUGUGACGGCUUCAGCUUCCGUGACUGUCGCUGUGCACCCCCCGCCUGGACCUGGGCGCAACCCCCGAGGGGGACCCUGUCCAGGCUAUGAGAGCUACCCUGAGACUGAUCACGGGGUGUUCGAGGAUCCUCAUGUGCCUUUUCAUGUCAGGUGUGAAAGGAGAGACUCAAAGGUGGAGGUCAUAGAGCUACAGGACGUGGAGUGUGAGGAGAGGUCAUGAGGGAGCAGCUCCAACUGAGGUGUGUGCCACAGGUAUCCCAGGGGUGCUUCCCAGGGCCAUCUGAGCAGUGGACCCAGACUGGACCCUGGGAGACCUUUUACUCCCAAGGCAAAGCUGACGAGGUCAAACUCUCAUCCUCAGAGUAACAGUACCGUUCCAAACUGGAUCUCUUUUCUUCCGCUGUUAAUCUCUUGGAUGCAUUUAGCAGCUUUGCCUUGUACCUGUUUGCUGACCACUUAGAGCAGAGUUCUAACAAGCACACAGAUGACUACAGGGUGAAAAAUCGGUGAAACGCGUUUAGCACCCCAGUCAGCCCCGUUGCCGAGUUUCAGGGCUCUCAGCCACCCGCCCAGAGUAAAGAACUGUGUUGUGUAAGGCACACAGUUCAGUGUGGCCGUGACCAUAAUGUGACCUCCCUUUCUGUUCUCUUUUAAAGGGUAAUUAAAAUCUGAAGCAAAGAGGCCAAAGAUUGGAAAGCCCCGCCCCCACCUCUUUCCAGAACUGACCGCUUGAAGAGAGCUGCUUGGAAUUAUGGGAAAGCAGUUCAUUGUUACUGUAACUGAUUGUAUUAUUUUGUGAAAUAUUUCUAUAAAUAUUUAAGAGGUGUACACAUGUAAUAUACAUGGAAAUGCUGUACAGUCUAUUGCCUGGGGCCUCUCCACUCUUGCCCCAGAGUGGAGAGACCACGGGGGUCCUUUCCCCUGUGUACAUUGGUCUCUGUGCCGCAACCAAGCUUAACUUAGUUUUAAAAAUCUCCCAGCAUAUGUCGCUGCUGCUUAAAUAUUGUAUAAUUUACUUGUAUAAUUCUAUGCAAAUAUUGCUUAUGUAAUAGGAUUAUUUGUAAAGGUUUCUGUUUAAAAUAUUUUAAAUUUGCAUAUCACAACCCUGUGGUAGGAUGAAUUGUUACUGUUAACUUUGGAACACGCUAUGCGUGGUAAUUGUUUAACGAGCAGACAUGAAGAAAACAGGUUAAUCCCAGUGGCUUCUCUAGGGGUAGUUGUAUGCAGUUCGCAUGGGUGGGUGGGUGUGUGUAUGUGACUUUUUAAUGUACUGUACUGUGAUUUUUGUUAUUCUUUUUUGUGUUUUUCUUUGCUUUGUAUGAUCUUAGCUCUGGCCUAGGUGAGCUGGGAAGGUCCAGGUCUUUUUCUGUCUCAAUGCUAGUGGAAGGGUGGCCCCAAUCAUCUGACUUAUUCUCUGGGACUAUUCAAGAGAAGCUAGAUUGCUUCAUGCCUGUGGCAGCUUCUGAGGUCAUGGGUAACCCUCCAAGCACCUCUCCUUGUGUUUCAAAGAGAAGAUGUUCUCACAGACAUAGUGUUGCUUAUUAGGGCCUCUAUAUGGUCAGUAGUCAUCACUGGUGGUGAAAAAUUGGAUGAUGUUGCCUAGUGGUGAGUCUCAGCCGGGUCACGAGAUUACCCUCUAGGGAAGUGUGGUUGUCCCUUUCUGAUGAUCACACACACAGAUUCCCACCCACACACUCCAGGCCCAAAAAACCUAUUUCAUUGAAGGUCUAUAUUCAAGCCUUUACAAAUGAGAGUCCCUCCCUUGCUAUGACUGCCUGGUUGGUGCAGGCUAGUCGUGGUGCAGUCAGCUGUGUGGAGUGAGUUUCUCAGGACUCUUUUCCACAUGUUCUUAUCCUGUGCAUACUUCCCCACUGUUAGCAUGCAUCCAGUGUGAUGUCGGUGAAAGAGCAGGAAGAUGCCACCCCAUAAAAGUAUAUAGAGGAAGCUCUUUGAACCAGGCGUUAGACUUAAAAGUUUGAUUGUGUUCUCUUUGCCUGAGGUUUGGGUUUCUUUGCCCCUGGCUAGCAGCUAGUAGACAAGGAAGCAAAUGUCCUUAUCCCUUGCAAGUAAACAUCAAGGACUUGUCUCAGAGGAAGGAAGCUAGUGUCCUAUAUUCUUCAUGGAAAAAUUUAAGGCGAUGGGUCUCUAGUAGUACCAGAAAUCUAGUGCCCUCAGACCCUAAAACUUAUUCCCCAAACUGUAAGGUACUAAUUGGAAGCCACCUGUGACUACUAAGAGUGUGUGUGUGUGUGUGUGUGUGUGUGUGUGCGCGCGCUCGCGUGUGCGUGCGCGCGUGUGUGCGUGUGUCAGAGGCCCUGGCCAUCCACUGCUACUGUCUUAUUGCCUGUCAAGCCACCGUCUGCCUACCCAACACCAGCUCUGCUCAGACAUCUUGCACCCUGAGUUGAGGAGGGAGAUGUCAAGUGCUGAAGCCACUUUUGCUGUGGUUCUUGGUUGUGUCCCUCGAUCCCGAGCCUUGCGCAUGUGGCAGAAGGAAGUACGUGCAGUCUCUUGGCUUCUGCGUAUCAUGAAUCAUAUCACCCAAGGCAGGAAGGAUACAGAGCUGGCAGGAGACUAAAGUCGGAGUGUGUAUCUCUGUCUGUCUCUCUCAUAGUUUUAUUUUGUCUGUAUUGUUUGUUCAUUUGGAUGUUUUAAUUUUUAAAAGAAAAGAUCUUUGCUGAUAUUUAUAAUUUUGUAUCAUAAGAAUGUCCUCCAGAAUUUGUCAUGCCAGUUUAUAACAAAAAAAAAAAAAUUGCAGGGAUUUUAUUUCUAUUGGAAUCACUAUUGCAGUUAUGUUUUACUUUUGAACAGAAGUUUUAUUUGUAUAGAGUGCUUACUAAUGUUAAAUAGUUCAGAGUAUAUAACAUUUACAUUAAGGACUCAUGGUAGGUUUUAGUGUAAGGAGUUUAAAGGAAAUAAAUAUUCAAACUGGGUCUCGUCUGCCAAUUUGGGUGGAAAUGAGUUUGUGUCAUUUCAAUUACAAAGAUGAAAGUAUGCCAUAUAAUUUAUUUAUAUGAAAAUUUAUUUUUGUAGUGUACAUAGUAGUCAUCAAGUCUUUUGACAGAAGUAUAUUUUUAAAGAAUUUAUAUGUGAUGAAAUCCAUAAUGUCUGGAACUUUGCUGAGACAUGGGUGUGAGGACACAUUUCGUUAUAAAUGACAGCAAGGGAGAGAGAGUAUGUUUUAACAGUGUUAAGAGAGUACAUGUGAGCAGCGAUCCAUGUGAUUGGAAAGUGUUGGUGUGAGCAUGGUGACCUAGUGCAGUUCUCAGAUGAAAAUGUACAAAACUCUCUAAAUAUUAAUGUUCAAACACUGAUAGAAAUUCUAACAUGAAUAAAGAUAAUAUAACUUGUUGGUUUA